GAAAUAUCUGAUCCGUCCCGAUCCGGAAUCAUCCAUCAGUCAGAACUCACGGGUCUCUUCCUCAGACUGAAGCUCCCUCUGAAGCUCACCACACUGGCCUGCAUGUUCAGAUCCUUCAGAAACACCACUGACCUGGAGCAGGUGCACUAUCAAGACUUGCUGCAGUUCAUACAGAAGGCUGUACAAGACGUGAAACAGCAAAGUGUUGAGGCAGAGAUCUGGGAUGCGUCAGUGGGCAGUACUGACCUGGAAUCAGUGAGCGACUGGAGCGAUAUAAAUGAAGAACAAAGAGAGACAUGGCUUCAGAGGUUCCAGAAGAUGGAGAUGGCCUUACAAAUGUGUGACACCAGAAACACAGGUUAUGUGGAUAGAGAGCAAGCCAAACGCCUGAUACAGAACUACAGCCUCAUCUUUGAUCUGAAUAUGAGUCCACUAAAGAUCAGCGAGGUCAUGGGUAACACUCAGCGAGAGGGCAAAGUUCACCUCACCUCGACUCUGCAGCAGCUGAAGGAACUAUACUCCUCUUUUCCUUUCACUUAAAUCUAUGCAAAUGCUAUCAUCUUCAUUAAAUGCUCUGUCUAGGAAACAUUAACAAUGAUCCUGUAAAAAAGGCUUUUUUGGAAAACAUUGAAAACUGAGUGAAU